AUGGUAUUUGAAACUUUGUUACCUUUGUCAAAAGGGUACUUACCAUCAUGGUUAUUCUUCAUUUCAACAUUGUCAGUGUUCAAUUCUGUUCAAACAUAUUUCUCGAUGGAUUUAUCCAAAAAAGUUUAUAGUAAUUCUAAAGAUAUUACUCCGUUAUCAGUCAGAACAUUUGGAACCUGGACUUUCAUCACCAGUAUCGUUAGAUUGUAUGGUAGUUGGUACACCACUACCCAACCAGUAUACGAUCUCUGCUUAUGGAGUUUCAUAGUAGCUUCAGGUCAUUUCAAUUUAGAAUGGUUGGUAUACAAGAAUUGUAAAUUCGAUAAGGGUUUAAUGGGUCCUUUCAUUGUAUCUACUGUUUCAAUUAUUUGGAUGAUUUCACAAAGAGACUUCUAUUUAAACUAA